UGUCUCCAGGUGAACCUGCUGGUUCCUGUGUGUUACCUGAUGUUCUGGGCCCUGCUGCUGGGAUUCAGUCUCUACUCGGAGCCGGUGGUUUGUGGCGUCGGCCUCGUCAUCAUGCUCACCGGCGUCCCCGUCUACUUCCUGGGUGUUCACUGGAGAGAAAAACCAAAGUGUAUCUACAGCUUCAUCGAGAGGGCGACCUACGUGGGCCAGAGGUUGUGCUUCGUGGUCUUUCCUCAGAUCGACCCCAUCGAGAACGCCGACCCCUCAGAAUGGACUGACCGCUCGUCACGCAGGAGCAGUUUGUCCUAAAACUCUUUUCUGAAUACAUGAAGAUGUUUCCAGUCCAGACACCGGCUCCUGCUCUGGGAUCUGCCGGUUUGACCUUUCACCUUCUGAGACUCUUUAUUUGUGCUCGGGCCGCCUGCACUUUUUAUUUCUUUUCCUCUUUUUUUACUAAGUCGACAAACACAAAAAUCUAAUGUCGACAGAGCGACACUGUGAAAAUGACUUUAAUUCCCAUUUUGGAGGAAUUUGUUCCUCUUGUGUAACACGACUGGACGACGUGUUUUGUGCCUUUAGACCUUUUCACACCAAGUCCACACAGAUCCAGAGUCAGGAAUCUGAAUACAGUCAGAAAACACACGUGUGCAUCAGGUCUGGUACAAAAUAUCUACAUGUUUCUAAACCGUGAUAAGUUUGAUCUACAUCUUCUCUUCUGUGUUUCUGACUGAGGAACCAGAGGGAAAUGAUCUUCUUCAGGAUAAUGUUUCUAAACGUUUGAUUAUUUUAUUUUCAUUUAAAGCUGCUUUCAAACUGAUAUGUUCCUGAAAUGUUCUGGAGGAACAGACACGUCUGAGUCAGUGUCUCUGGACAUGUUCUGGAUCUUCUCCUGCAGCCUCCUGGUAACAUGUGUGUAACAUGUCAGAGUGAGUCCAUGUGAGGAACCAGCAGUACAAUGUGUGGAAGCUUCCCAGUGAGCGAGUGGACGUGUUGAUGAGGUUUCUAACACGUGACGUGAAACUGAAGAACACAAACAUCUCAGGAUGAAGAAGAGGAGCCGGACACGUAGAAGACGAAGACGUCCACUUGGAAACACGAGGAGGUUCCAGAUCUUCUGGUGAUGAGGGCCGACUCCGGUGUGGAUGAGCUGUAAACAACAACACUGAUCUUUCCACAGCAGAGUUUAUACGUCAUGUCCCGCCUCCUGCUGCUCUACAGGCUCCUCCCCUCGACCAAGGCUCCGCCCCUCGCCUGGAUGUUCCCACAUGUUCCUGUUUGAACGAGUCGGACCCGACAACCUGCUGCUGCUCUUCAAACACUAACUACACAGAAAGUCCAGACAACAUUUACACAGUGCUGGUUUGAAGCAGUCACAUGUGAUUAUUAAUAUUUUCACACACGUAGUUGUUGUGUGUGGAUAAACAGCACAACUUCCUUUACACUUGUGUCCAAUGUGUCCCAACAUGUCUCUGAACAGUGUCCCGAUGUGGUUCCAUCACGUUUCGCCCUCAGUGCGUCUGAUCAUGUUUAAAUGAAGCUGUGAACUUCUGCUGAGUUCUGCUGCAGUUUGAAUUACUCAUAACGAUUUUCCUCCAGAAGGAAAGUUUGCAAAGUUAAUUCUGUAUUUGGAAUUCAAGUCUUUAACAGACCUGGAGUCAGUGUAAGGAUCUGAGAGCUGCAGUGAUAUCAUUUACCUUCUCAGUGUCAGUGACAACUUGACAACAGAACAUUCGGCUGAAGAUAAAUGGAAGUUUUUCCAAAUCCUGCAGAGACAUGAAUCCUUAAUAACGGACAUGUUCUGUACUGAUGAUCUGACUUUGUCUCCCCCGUCUUCAAAAACUUCAGAUUCAUCUUAAUGAAGAAAAUCCUGACGCGUCCAAUCGCUGAUUUAAAAAGUAUUUUCAUCGUCUUAUCUCCUAGAACCUGGUUCAAUAAUCCAGAACAAGGAUCUGAACCUAUGGAGGAAUGAACCGUCCUCAGAAUCUAAAGUGUCCAAUCCUGUGUGUCAUGUGACUCCUGGGGAUGAUGUCAUCAGGGGCUCAGUCCAGUUUUAACUGGCUCAGGAUGAAGCUACUGGAACAAUAUGUGUAAAGUGACUUGGUGUGAAAAGGCCUUUACUGGGGAAAUGUAUAUUUAAUAUUGCUUAUUAACUGAUUCACCAUAUUAGACUUUAAUAUAUGUUGCGAGUGCCUUUUGUUGUGUGUUUUGCAUUUUGCACUUUGGUCUUCUACACAAGUUGCUCUGGUCAGUAAACAGCCAGGGGGCGCUGUGUGCCCGAGAUGGAGUGUGUUAACCGUUAACCCAGUAGCUGUGUGUUCACCUCACCUUCAUCUGAUCUACUGACUGUGAACACACCUAGACACUUUCUCACAGGUCGUGUUUUUACAAAAUAAAAGUCUAAUGUUAUUAAAGUAUGUGACUGAGAGAGAAGCGUCCACGUCCUGAAUCUCUCUGACCUCUGACCUGUGAUUUAACAGACGUGUCACAUGACACAUGUUGUUUCUAACUGAGCCUGAACACGAGCCCGUCGUCUUAGUCCAAUAAUUAUUUUAGACUUUUACACUGAUCUGAUAAAUAAAAACGAGGAUAUGUGAAAACAGAUUUGUGUGAGACACGUGUUUCAAACCAUAGCAGUGGAUGUUCCUGCUCAGAUGUUUGUGUUUGAAUGGAAAACAGGUUUAUUGUGAAAGAGUUAAAAUCCAAACUCACUUGUUUCAGCACAAAACGUCUCUGGUGUUAAUUUGUUCUUCUGAUUCGAGCAGUUGAAUAAAAUCUGUGUCUCAAAACCACGAAGCAUUCGAACUGUGUGUAAAUCAAAAGUGAUUAAAGAUGGAUGACAUGAGGACUCCCAGGACUGAAGCCAGUCGCCCCCUGGUGGCAGACUGCAGGAUAGGUCAUACACCCCACCUCCUCCAUGU